AGCGGGCGGGAUUGGUUGUGGGUUGAAGGACAAACAUUAUCUCGGAAAUCUCUAAAUCUGCUCCGAUCAACUCGUUGCAUCAACCUAUCUGGAGGACACCUGAUCUGAAGCAACGUUACAUCCAGGAGGAAGACUAGCGAUCAAUAAUACGGAUUCAGAGGCAAUCUGGAAGGCAAAUUUAUCCAAUAUGCUUGGAUCGCAAUCUCAUCUGAGUCUCAACACUACCCUAGACACAAGACAAGUUCAGCACAAUUAACUAGACAACACGAUUGAACACCCUCUGCGGGUGAUUGGUCCGCACAAUGGGCCUACAUGCUCCAAGAGAGGCAGUAAUAUCUAUUCCUGAUCCUUGGACGUUAUUUGAUGGUACCUAAAAGGCUGAAGAAGUCACUUGCAGAGAUGCAUGCCGCUGCACCGGCAUUAUUUGUUUCUGUACUUCUUGGUAUCUUCAGCAAGAGUUUGGCCUCUCCGAUACAGAUCAAUUGGUUCUAUGACAGCCUGCCUUGCAAGGGAGUGAGCAGCACGAGGAUACACCAAGAAGGACUGGACUUCACAGUGUACCACAGUCUCUGGUGGCACAACAAGCGCUUCUAUGCUGUGUUGGAUGGCAGCAACAAAGAUGAAGCACUCAGCCCUGCCAUCUCCAUGAACACAGGCAUCAUGGGGCUGCCUGUGAAGGAUGCACAGCUGUACUAUGACAACCUCAUGGCUGGUUGGGUGCCUGGCACAAGCCUUCUGCUGGACUUGGCAUUCCCUGCCUUCCCUGACAACAUGGGGCAUUGGAUGGAAGCCCUGCUGCCAGUGUACAAUGUGCUGGAACAAGGGUUGUGGAAAAGCGCCUUGCCUGAAGGAUCGGGCUUCAUUGACAACAUCGUCUUUGUCAAUCUCAGGAGGGACAACCUGGCAGACUUGGACUGGGUGUGGGAGAUGAUCAAGCUGGCUCUUGCUCCGGCUCUGCCUCCCAACAAAGACAUGCCUCGAAUUCUGUUCUAUGAGGAGCUGGAUCACAUGGACAAGGCAUCCUGGCUGGGUCUGGAGGCUGUUCUGGUGGCCACUGACAGGUACAGCGGACAUGCCCCACUUGUGCAGCAAUGUACAUGCCUUUCCCUUGCUCCCAGGUAUGGGAGGGAGGAUGGGCUCAAUGGGUUCUUUGAGGCGGAGGUUGGAAGGAAAUUCAGGGAGGCUGCGUUCAAUAACCAUGGCCUGCAGCCGCCUGCGGCAGGGAAUCUGCCUCGCACCAUUACCCUGCUGUCUGCAGUCCAGGGCGAGGAGUGCGCAUGGCUGCAGGUGGUGAACAGGGAGGAGCUGAUGGGGGCGCUGCAGGACAUUGGGCACACGCUGGGACUGGCAGUGCGCCCCUACACAGCCACGGCCCGGGCGCCCUUCGAGUCUUACCUUUCUGUCAUGGCCCGCACCGGCGUGCUGGUCUCCCGCCAUGGGCCGCUGCUCGCCAACUCCAUCUUCCUUCCACCAGGGGCUGUGGUGAUGGAGCUGCUGCCAUACAACUGGGAGUGGAAGGGCAUCAGCAAGAUCUAUGUGAAUCUGACGCGCAGCCUGGGGGACAUCCAUCACAUUGCCUGGCGCGCCACGCACCCCAAGUGGGCCCUCUACGGCAGCGCCGACCACGCACGCUAUGCAGAAUGGACGCCAGAGGAGUGCAACUCCAGGGACUGCCUGGAGGUGCAUGCUGCCGCGGCGAUGCGCGUGGAUACUGCAACGGUGCAGGAGAUGCUGAUGCAGAUGGUGCCGGGUGCCAUGCGCGGCGAAAGUGUGCGUUCGCUGCGGCAGCCCUGGCCAGAACUUGCUCUCGCGAAGGGGAACACCGGGCUGUGGUGGGACAAAUGA